GGCUUCUCCUGACCUGACCAAACUUACUCAGAUACUCAAACCAUCACGAUCAAGCCGUCAUCCCAUAGUGUCAAGCCAGAUUGUAUACUCUCCAACGGUACACAAAUACUACUAUCACUAUCGAGCUAUCGACCCGUCAAACCUGGAUGGCGCGAUGGGCAUCCCUGCCGGAUGACGUUCUCAGCAUCGUUUACGACGGAUUAGAGGUAGAAGAUGUUAUCAAAUUGACCCAACUCUCAAAGAUCGAUGCAGCUAGGGUUCACAACUUGGCUUUGCCCUCGCUGCUACGGCGUACAGCAUGUCAUCACAUCACGGUUGACCCAAGAGAAACAAGUCACACGACCUCAGCAACCAUAAAAGACGGCCAUGCCGGCGUGUUGCAAGUGACUAGACUUGUCAGGCAUAACCGAAACAUCGAGGAGAAUUUCCGGCGAAGGAGGUUUCUGGCUCGACAGGUCGGCAACACCUGGAACAGACCUUGUCGACCGUCGAUCGAACUCGAACCCGAUCGCCUGCUCAUCGCCACUGGACCUUCACUUACUGUGCACGGUCUGGCCAAGGAUGAUUCGUAUGGAGAAUCUGUUGAUGGCAGGAAGGGGGUCGUCAGCAUCGAGACCGUACCGAUCCCCUUGAUCAGAGGUCGACAGGUGAAUAGUUCGCAGGGGGGAUUCGGGCGGUUCGCUCAGCGGACAGCUGUGGCGUCUCCUCUCGACGAUCUUACCGGGGUGGUAUCUCUCGGAAGCGACGAGUACAUACUUUCCACGGUGGGAGGCAAACUCCAAAAGGUUCAGCUUCGAUCACAGCAAGUUCACGGACCGUACCAAAAGCGGUUACAAGCCGUAUCUACCGCCUUGUACCCUCACACGGCCAACGUCCCGAUAGAAUCUCUCACGAGCUCGAGGAACAGCAAUGACCCUCAGAACAAACAGAGGUUUCUUACAGCAUCUCACAACGGGUUGAUCUCGCUCUACAAUGCAGCAGCGCCUUGGUCUGCUCCCGCCACUUUCAGCAUCGGUUCCCGUCCGUGGUCGUCUCACCUCUCUUUAGGAGGCUCACAGCCAUACGUGGUAGUUGGGUCUUCGGGCCUGCAGCCUCUGCACGUAUAUGCUAUGGGUGAAGGUGGAGCAUUCGAUUCUGCCAACCGACGCAGGAACGUCAGCGUUACGCCGGCCAGAUCGCUCCUUGGCGCUCGAAUCAAGUCUGCAGUCUACGACAUCGUUUCUCCGCCGACAGACAUGGCCAAUCCGUUCAGCAAUAACCCGAGCUCGAUACUCCUAUCCGCUUGGUUCGAUGGACGGGCCCGUAUACACGACCUACGAGUCUCGGGGAUGGGCUCUCUCGCAUCCGGUGCUGACAAGGACGACUCGGCCAGUAUGCGGACUCGUCCGAUAAUGGAAAUGUUUGAUCCGUGGCUCCAGUCAUCCCUGUACUCUUGUGCAUGGACGGGACCUGGAAACAUCGCAACGGGCUCGUCACGCCAUGGGAUGGUAUCCCUGUUCGACACGAGAAUGUUGAUUGAAUCCCGACACAGCCUAUCCGCAACAAGGGCGGAGAAUACGCGUCAAGCGUUCGAUCAACCUUUGCUGGAGGAUUCGACCUCGACCAACGUGGAUAUGCUUAGAUGGCACCGUGGAGGCUAUUCGGCAUACUCGCCGGGUCGACCCGAGAGUCCCGUUUAUUCUCUAAAAGGCGAAGGAGGAAGGCUGUGGGGCGUGACUGAUCGCCGGGCGUUCGUAUAUACGUUCGAUGUCGAGGGAGACGGUCCGGGUCUCCCACAAUCGCGAGGGUGGAACAUUAUAGGGCCCGGUUGUGAAGCCAGUCCUCCCCUCACGACCUGGGCGAGACGGAACGGAGGCUUCUCGACCAGAGGCGAGACGGUUGAUGAUGUCAAAGAUUACGCUGCGGGGUAUGCGAUGGACGAUCGGCAGCUACGUUUGUUCGAAAGUUUGCGGUGAUGAUCAAUGGGAUUCAUUGAAACGCAUAUCGAACAUGCCGACCCUACAGCAUGUCUGCAGCUGAACCGGCCAGCCGGAAAAUUAACAAGUUUCUGAGCGCGGCGUACUCUCCUAAUCGCACUUCCCAGCCUGACUUGACCGAUGACAUGUAGAGUGCAGGGCUGUUGUAAAGCAACGGGCCAAAAUGUUGAACCUCCCCCCGGCUGUCACAGAACCGGGUAAUCGGUUUACGUCAUCGGUAGCUCGGUAGAAGAAUUCAUCUGGUGGCGGCAACUUUUACUACUAUGGCGGUAAAAAUCUAGCGUUUUUCAUCGGCGCGUCGCUAUAUUUAGCGGUGACACAUGGCAAUGAGCAUAUGGACACAAGGAAGCAGAUUUACUUCCUGACAAACGCGCUCAAAAUAUCAGUUUCAAGCACCUGUAUUGCCUUGUCAAAAUUCACCCUUGUAUCUGGCUUCGGAUCACUCAUAACUUAGGGGACACAAGGUAGAACAUAC